AUGGCUGGUGUUUCUGUGCGUGAGAUGACAACCAACUUUGGGAAGUUAGACAAGUUUGAAGGGAUCGAUUUCAGAAGAUGGCAGAAGAAGAUGCACUUUCUUCUCACAACACUCAAUGUUGUUCAUGUUCUAAGCAUGCCGAUGCCUCUUGUGACGGUAGAUCCAGCGAGUGAGGAGUAUGCAGAGCAAGCAAGGAGACAACUCAAAUGGAAGAAUGAUGACUACAUCUGUCAUGGCACAUUCUCAAUGUACAUGGCAGAGGAUGCUUCUAGUAAGAAGUUCCUUGUGAGUAAUUUCAACAAUUACAAGAUGUCUGAUACAAGACCAGUGAUGGAGCAAUACAAUGAAUUGCUUCGCAUAUUGGGCCAAUUUGCUCAGUAUGAUAUGAAGAUGGAUGAGUCCAUCUCUGUGUCAAGUAUCAUUGACAAGUUGCCUCCUUCCUGGAAGGAUUUCAGGCGAACUUUAAAGCACCAGAAGGAAGAGUUGUCUUUGGUACAACUUGGCAGCCACUUGCGCAUAGAGGAUUCUCUGAGAAUGCAAGAGGGUGGAAAACCCAAAGUGGCUGAAGGCUUCUUCUAUCAACAUGAUGGAGGAGGUGAUGAUUCUAAGUGGAAGAAUAAAGGGAAGAAGCGUCCCUUUAACAGCAACACUCACAAUCGAUCCAACAAGAGGUCUAAACCUGUCUGUUGGAAUUGUAACAAGCCUGGUCACUUCAAGAGUGAUUGUAGGGCUGGAAAGGAUAAGGAUAAGACGCCUCAGAAGCGUUUUGGGCAAGGGUCUAAGGACCAAGGCCAAUCACCACAUCAAGGUCAGAUUUCUGAGAUUGAUACAUUUCCUAAAGUGUAUUAUGUAUCAAAGAUAUCUGAGGCAUGUUAUGUGCAGGAUGAUGAUGUGUCGUGGUGGAUUGACUCGGGUGCAACAACACAUGUUUGCAAAGAUCGUGGCUGGUUCAAGUCUUAUGAAGCAGUGGAAGAUGGAUCUGUUCUUUAUAUGGGCAACGAGUCAACUGCUCCUAUCCUUGGUCGUGGAAAAGUGGUGCUGGAGUUUAGUUCUGGGAAAUCUCUUCAUCUUGAUGAUGUUAUUCAUGAUGAAGCCUUAGAGAAAUUCAAGGUUUACAAAACUGAGGUUGAAUUGCAACAAAGUAACUUGAUUAAAAAGUUACGCACCGAUAGAGGUGGUGAGUAUUAUGAUCCUGCUUACUUUCAGUCUGUGGGUAUAAUACAUGAGGUCACAGCUCCUUAUACACCACAACAAAAUGGUGUAUCUGAGAGGAAGAACAGAGUCCUUAAAGAAAUGGUUAAUUCCAUGUUAUCCUACUCUGGAUUGAGUGACGGUUUCUGGGGUGAGGGCAUGUUAACAGCAUGUUACUUGUUGAACAGAGUUCCUAACAAAAGGAACAAGAUAACCCCAUAUGAACUUUGGUACAAAAAGAAGCCUAACUUGAACUACCUUCGAGUUUGGGGCUGCAGGGCUGUAGUAAGACUACCCCAACCAAAGAUAAGAACUUUGGGAGAAAGAGGUAUUGAUUGCAUCUUUAUUGGUUAUGCUGAGCAUUCCAAGGCUUAUAGGUUCUAUGUCAUUGAACCUAAUGAUUCUAUAGCAGUUCACACUGUGAUUGAGUCAAGAGAUGCAAUAUUUGAUGAGAAUCGUUUCACAUCAAUACCUAGACCAAAGGAUCUGGUUUCGUUUGGAACUGGACAAGGAGAUGGUACAAAUGUACGUUCCAACAUCUCGGCUUGUGUUCCAACAACCAGCGAGUCACCUGUACUUCGUAGAAGUAAGAGAGGAAGGAUUGAGAAAUCAUUUGGUCCUGAAUUCCAAAUUUAUUUGGUAGAAGGUUCAAGAGAUGAGAUUGUUCUACAAUACUCAUAUUGUUACCUAGUUGGUGAUGAACCUAGGACAUUCAGUGAAGCUAUGGCUUCUAUUGAUGCUGCUUUCUGGAAAGAAGCUGUAAAUGAUGAGAUGGACUCUAUAGUAGGAAGCAAUACUUAUUUCCUGACUGAUCUCCCACCUGGUUGCAAAGCUUUAGGCUGCAAGUGGAUUUUCACAAAGAAAAUGUUGAUCGGUGGUGCAAUCGAUAAGUUCAAAGCUCGAUUGGUUAUACAAGGUUUUAGACAAAGGGAAGGCAUUGAUUAUUUUGAUACAUAUGCUCCUGUUGUCAGAAUCUCUUCUAUAAGGUUCUUGAUUGGUUUAGCAGCCAUUCAUGAUCUUGUGAUCCAUCAAAUGGAUGUUAAGACUGCAUUUUUAAAUGGUGUCUUGGAAGAAGAGGUGUAUAUGGAACAACCAGAGGGAUUUGUUGUGCCUGGAAGUGAGCACAAGGUGUGCAAGCUGGUGAAAUCACUGUAUGGGCUGAAACAAGCUCCUAAGCAAUGGCAUCAAAGAUUUGAUGAAGCUGUCUUGUCUUUUGGUUUUAAGAUUAACCAAUCAGAUAAGUGUUUAUAUAGCAAGUUUGAUGAUUCCAGUAAUGGAGUGAUCAUUUGUCUAUAUGUGGAUGACAUGUUGAUCUUUGGUACCAACCUUAGAUUAGUGGAACUCACAAAAGAGUUUUUGUCAUCAAAUUUCGCCAUGAAGGACAUGGGGGAGGCGGAUGUGAUUCUUGGCAUUAGAAUCAAGCGUGACAAUGGGAGGAUAUGUUUAUCACAAUCUCACUACGUUGAGAAAGUGUUAAAGAAGUUCAAUUACUUGAACUGUGCCCCUGUAAGUACUCCCAUGGAGGCAAGUGUAAAACUUAUGCCUAACACAGGAAAGGCUGUGUUGCAACACGAAUAUUCUCAAGUGAUUGGAUGCUUAAUGUAUGCAAUGACAAGCACAAGGCCAGAUAUUGCAUAUGCAGUUGGAAGGUUGAGUAGAUACACUAGUAAUCCUAGUACUCACCAUUGGCAGGCUGUAAAGCGUGUGCUCAAGUACUUGAGAGGAACCAUGGACUAUGGUUUGUGUUAUGGAGGAUUUCCUUCGGUUUUGGAAGGUUAUUCUGAUGCAAGUUGGAUCACCAACGUGGAAGAUCAUACUUCUACAAGUGGUUGGGUGUUCCUACUUGGGGGAGGUGCCAUUUCUUGGGCAUCUAAGAAACAAACUUGUAUCACAAGUUCGACUAUGGAAUCUGAGUUUGUGGCUUUGGCAGCUGCUGUCAAGCAACUUAUGGCUAAGGCUUAUAGCCAAGUGUACAAUGGAAAGUCGAGACACCUUGGCGUAAGGCAUAGCGCUGUUCGUGAAUUGAUCACUCACGGUGUGAUAACUUUAGAGUUUGUUCGGUCUCAGCAGAAUCUAGCAGAUCACUUGACGAAGGGUCUGUCUAGGGACUUGGUAAUAAAGUCAGCUGAAGGGAUUGGUUUGAAGUCCAUCUCAAACCUCUAG